CGUCUAUACAGUGAUUCAGGUAGCUAUUUCAGGAGAUAUGGACGAGUUCAAAUGUGUAUGAAUAAUGUCUGGGGAACAAUUUGUGAUCACUUUUGGGAUGAAAAAGAUGCAAGUGUAGUGUGUAGAAUGCUUGGAUACUCUCCCUAUGGUGCUUCUGCAAUAAAAGACACAUAUAUUGAAGGAAUAUGGUAUAUUCACAUUAAUGAUCUUAACUGUACUGGGACAGAGUCUUCUCUUUGGGACUGUCCUAUGAAUGGACUCCAUGAAUAUUCUUGUUCUCAUUAUGAUGAUGCUGCUGUUGCUUGUCAAUUGACUGAUGUGAAGUAUUCUACUUGUACUACUGGUGAAGUGAGAUUAGCUGAUGGUGCUACAGAAUUUGAAGGAAGAGUUGAAGUGUGUGAGAAUAGAGUUUGGGGUUCAGUCUGUACUGUGUCUUCAUCUAAUGAUGGAAAUGCUUACACUUUAUGUCAUGAAUUAGGAUACCAAGGUGGUAUAGUACUUCCUAAUUCUAACUUUGGUGUUAGUAAUGAUCCAAUUUUGAUUUAUGAACUAUCUUGUGGUGCAUUUCAAUCAAAAUUAAGUAACUGUAACCAGAGAAAAUACUUGUGUUGA